CAUGGCAUAUAUAAUUGUCACUUCCGCUUCCUUUUACCAAAAAAAAUCCGCGAAAUCCCCGAAAAUUUAGGAGUCCAAAGAUUUGUCAUAUUUUCUCUAGAAAGGAAAACAGUGAUCAUGAUUUUUCUUGUAUUAGCUGUAUCCAUGGUAGUGGUAAUGACUGUUGGUUCCAGUUGUCCCAAAUACCAGGUUGCCCACCUUGCCCCAGACAACUCUACAGUUUGCUGCCUUCCAGUCAUCUUUUGUGGAGUGGAUCAUCAGGUUGUGAACUGUGCGCAGAACGGCAGUAAAGACGAGUGUAAACCGUGCAUACCCGGGAUGAGAAAUAGUUACAACAGUUCCUCGCUGGAUGAGAACAGGAAAAUGUGCUUCCUCUACAUGGAGAAGAAACAUGAUGUCUGUCCACCCGAGGACACCUUGAUAAUAGAUACUUCCAUGGCGACUGACGGUAUGGCGUGUCGGUACGAUGAGACUCAAUGUUUUUUUGGAGUUCCUGCCAGACAUUCACGGAAGGUUCGGGAAUGUGCAAAGGAUGAGGAGCUGAAUGGCUUAACUGGAGGUGGGCUUUUAGUUUACUGUUUCUGUCCUUAUAGUCACACUUGACUGAGCGGCAUGCCAAGGGGCUAUUUUGUUGGUAUUUCAGAUUCUCAGACUCAAAACAAUCCUGAACCAGACUCAAAACCUAUUGAAACUAGGAGCUAACUUUGGAAUUGUAAAGUUUGUAACAUAAUACACCAAACCCACCUGAUCAUGUCUCCUCCAAUGGAUGGGGGAGGCAAAUUGUUUUUGCCCUGUCCGUCAGUCACUCUGUCAGUCCAUACAUCACACUUUGUUUUGGCUCAAUAAAUUGAAAACGCUAAGACCCAGGAAUUUCAUACUUGGUAUUAAGGUUGGUCAUGACCAGUAGAUGACCCCUAUUGGUUUUAGGAUUAGUAGGUCAAAGGUCAAGGUGACCUUGAAGUGAAAAAAGUUUCCCACUUAAUAACUUUGGAUCACUUGCACCCAGGAACUUCAUACUUGAUUUGCUAGUUGAUCUUGAUUAGUAGAUGAGCCCUAUUGAUUUUGAGGUCAAGGUCACAGUGAUCUCCAGGUGAAAAACACCAUUUGUUGGUCACCACAGGUACAUGUAUGUUACACUUUUUUCUGCUCAAUAACUAAAGAAUGCUUGGACCAAGGAACUUCAUUCUUGAUAUGCAGGUAGGUCAUGACAAGAAGAUGACGACUAUGUUUGUUCGUCUUGAGUCAAAAUUUAUGUCCAUCAUUGAAUAUUUCUCACGUUUGACCACACAGAGAAACAAGAGCUUCUUCAAAAAAGCGAUUUCUAGUUGUAAUUGUAUUAAACAGAGUCCACAAUUUAACAAGCAAUCACUGAUAUCCAAUUAGAAUUUAAGAUGAAAUUAUUAAUCAACUAUUACUUAUUUUACGAGAUACAGAGACAAUAGUGGUACCAAUACCAGACAAUUGAAGACAAUAUAUGCCAGAACUCGCUCAAUAUGGACCAAACUCGGCCAAUAUCAACAAAACCCGCCUAAUAUGAGUUUCCUCCGUUUUGAUUGGCUACAAAACUCACCUAAUAUAGGAUUUGAGAAAUGGGCCAUUUUCAUUGGCUGAUAAAACUCGCCUUAGGCCACAACAAAUUGAUCAUUUGUUUGUCGGAUUUGCCGCACCUAAAAUUCGAAAAACGAAAAAAAAUAAAACAACAUUUUUUUUGCGCCUGCACAUACUAUUUGGCCGCGCAUAUUAUUAUUUUUUUUACUUCUGAAUUUCCUCUAUUUUCUGAAGUUUUUUUACUUAAAAUUUAAACCUGCCACGUCGACUUCGCCCUUUUUUGAAG